AUUCAGGCUCCACGCAAGCACAUUUUUUCAAUUUCAGUUCUUGUCUUUUCUCUCGUUUUUUUUGUUCUCCUGUGCUCCAUAUAUCUGCUCCACACUCGCUCUUGCUGCUCUUUUUAAAAUAUGUCUGCGCUCAAGCCCGGAGAGGUCAAUUUGGGAACCACCAUUAUGGCGGUCCAGUUCGAUGGCGGCGUCGUGGUCGGAGCUGAUUCGCGUACAACGACAGGCGCGUACAUUGCGAACCGCGUCACAGACAAACUCACAAAGAUCCACGACCGGAUCUACUGCUGCCGCUCUGGCUCGGCUGCCGACACGCAGGCGGUGGCGGACAUUGUCCAGUACCACAUGCAAAUGUACACGGCGCAGCAUGGUGAGGCACCGACAGUCAAGGUCGCUGCGUCGCUGUUCCAGGAGAUCUGCUACCAGAACAAGAACAACCUAUCAGCAGGCAUCAUUGUUGCCGGCUGGGAUGAGCGUGACGGCGCCUCGGUGUACAACAUCCCGCUCGGUGGGUCGCUGCACCGCGAGCCGUUUGCGAUCGGCGGCUCUGGGUCGACGUACAUUUACGGCUACUGCGACAAGGUGUUCCGCCCGGAUCUGAGCCGGGAUGAGUGCAUUGAAUUUGUCAAGAACUCGGUGUCGCUCGCUAUGACCCGCGAUGGCUCAUCUGGUGGCGUUGUGCGUCUGGCGGUCAUUACCAAGGAUGGUGUGGAGCGGCAGUUUGUGCCUGGCGAUCAGCUGCCCGAGCAGUAUGUCGGAUAAGACUGCUUUUUGGGCUGUCUGGCUACCCCCGAGCCAUUUUACCUUCGAGUCUGCGGCCUGGGAUGUAGCGAGAUAGCGCACCCACCGCCUGGUUUCCUUUUCAAAUAUAGCCACAUCUUGUCUGCUACAUCUCCGCAAUAUAUGGCAUGUCGCACCAGAGGAACAGUCACGUAUGCGCUGGGUCUGCUAUACGGCAGCUGAUCUGCUGCGAGAGGGGCAAUAUGCACGAGGCUGCUCGUUGCUCAAAGUGCCUGAGCCAGGUGCGGACAACGCGACAUGUCUGAACAGCAGCAGCCGUUGGCCCAGGCUCGCUGCUGUUUCUGUGUGAGGCGAUCUGGUCGC